AUGAAAAAAAACAAUUUUGUACUUCUUUUUCUCGUAUUUGGAACUGUUGAGGCUUGUAUUCGGACACAACCGCCAGUCACAACCACAACACCCAAGACAACGACACAGAGAACGACAACGCCAGUACCUCCAGUAUGCUCAAAAUGCUCAAAAAACACGGGCUUGACAAUCGAUCUGACGUCAGCUGGUGCAGAACCUUUCACCAGCAUAACAACCGGCACUGACGCGAAUGGAUGUUUUACUCAAACGCUAAGCUGUACAUCAACAGUCGGGAUAUCCACUAUUUCGUUUAAUCUCGAUCAAAAUGGAUCCAUCAGUGAUAAACCGACAGCAACGGUGACACUCGUUUGCACCGAUGACGGAACGGGCUUUCAGUUUACGCAAGCUGGAGUUACCAUUGAUGUUACCACAAUUGGAUGUUUUCCUGUUAAUAAC